CCUAGAUGAAUGCUGAGAAAAUUUGUACUUGUAAAAUAUAUUAUUCUAUCUUUAGUCUUUCUGUGAGGCAAUUUCCGCUUUAUGCUGGAUGAUAUUUACUAGUAGCUCUUCGAAAACUAUAAUUUCCUUCCUUUGGGUGGGGCAAAAAUAUCCUUCCGCAACAGCGGCAAGAUCCCACCGCAGUGCUUUCUGAUUUGAUGCUUGUGUUGUUUCAGUGUUUAGUGCACGGUGGACGCUUUUACUAGGGCUUGUCAUCGAAAGGUGAAGCAAAGCUUGAACAAUGACAACAGAUAUAUCUGUUGCGGUUCGGUGGGAUCCGGUAAACCAGCAGGAGAUAGACGAUUAUGACUAUGAUGGAGGGAACAGCUCUUCCAGAUUAUUUGAAAGAUCCAGGAUAAAAGCCCUUGCAGAUGAAAGAGAAGCUGUCCAGAAGAAGACGUUUUGUAAAUGGGUUAAUUCUCAUCUUGUUCGUGCCAAUUGUAGAAUCACAGAUUUAUAUACAGAUCUCAGAGAUGGAAAAAUGCUCAUAAAACUGUUGGAAAUUUUGUCUGGAGAGAGACUGCCUAAACCUACCAAAGGAAAAAUGCGAAUUCACUGCCUAGAAAAUGUCGAUAAAGCUCUUCAGUUCCUUAAAGAUCAGAGAGUGCAUCUAGAAAAUUUAGGCUCUCAUGAUAUUGUAGAUGGCAAUCCUCGAUUAACAUUGGGCCUUAUUUGGACUAUCAUUUUAAGAUUUCAGAUUCAAGAUAUUACAAUUGAAGAAGUUGAUAAUCAAGAAACUAAAUCAGCUAAAGAUGCUUUAUUAUUGUGGUGCCAAAUGAAAACUGCCGGAUAUCCAAAUGUAAACAUAAGGAACUUCACUACCAGUUGGCGAGAUGGUUUAGCCUUUAAUGCCAUUAUUCACAAGCACAGACCUGAUUUGAUACAAUAUGAUAAACUAUCAAAGUCAAAUGCUAUAUAUAACUUGAACAAUGCAUUUUCAACUGCUGAGCAAAACCUCGGUGUAACAAGGUUACUUGAUGCUGAAGAUGUUUAUGUGGAGAGCCCAGAUGAAAAAUCCAUCAUUACUUAUGUUGUUACUUACUAUCAUUAUUUCUCCAAGAUGAAAGCUGAAACUGUACAAGGGCGAAGAAUAGGAAAAGUUGUUGGUUUAGCUAUGGAAAAUGAUCAACUCAUUACAGAAUAUGAAACACUCACAUCUGAUUUGCUCCAGUGGAUUGAACAAACUAUAUUGGCUUUAUCAGAUAGAAAAUUUGCUAAUUCUUUGACAGGAGUGCAACAACAGUUGGCUGCCUUUAAUAACUAUAGAACAGCUGAAAAGCCUCCAAAAUUUGUAGAGAAAGGAAAUUUGGAAAUAUUGCUUUUUACUUUGCAAAGCAAAAUGAGAGCAAAUAAUCAGAAACCAUAUUUUCCAAAAGAAGGCCAGAUGAUUGCUGAUAUUAAUAAAGCAUGGGAACACCUGGAAAAAGCAGAGCAUGAAAGAGAAUUAGCUUUACGUGAAGAAUUAAUCAGGCAAGAAAAGUUGGAACAGCUUGCUGCCAGAUUUGAUCGUAAAGCUGGAAUGAGAGAAACUUGGCUUAGUGAAAAUCAAAGAUUGGUUUCUCAGGAUAAUUUUGGAUUUGAUUUAGCAUCUGUUGAAGCAGCUGCUAAGAAGCAUGAGGCAAUUGAAACUGAUAUUUAUGCAUAUGAAGAAAGAGUCCAAACUGUGGUUGCUGUAGCUCAAGAACUCGAGACUGAGAAUUACCAUGACAUUGACAGGAUUAAUGCAAGGAAAGAUAAUGUACUUCGGUUGUGGAAUUACUUACUGGAACUUCUCAGAGCUCGUCGUAGUCGACUUGAGAAAUCUAUGGCUUUGCAACAAACAUUCCAAGAAAUGAUCUUCAUUCUCGACUCAAUGGAAGAGAUAAAGGCAAGCUUACUGUCAGAAGAUUACGGAAAACACUUAAUGGGUGUUGAAGAUCUGUUGCAGAAACAUAGUUUAGUUGAAGCAGAUAUAAAUGUUUUGGGAGAAAGAGUAAAAGCAGUUGUUCAGCAUUCUCAGAAGUUUGUUACAGAGCAAGAACAUGGAUACCGACCAUGUGAUCCUAAAAUAGUGACUGAAAGAAUAAAUCAGUUGGAAGCAGCUUACUCAGAAUUGGUACAUUUAGCUCUGGAACGUCGCAAUAGGCUAGAUGAAUCCAGGAAAUUAUGGCAGUUCUACUGGGAUAUGACGGAAGAAGAAACCUGGAUAAAGGAAAAAGAACAGAUUCUAUCAUCAGAAGAAAUUGGCCAUGACUUGACAACUGUGCAUUUGCUUAUUAGUAAAAAUAAGGCGAUGGAGGAUGAGAUUGCUUCUCAUGAACAACAGUUGCAAGAUGUGGUUCAAGUUGGUGAAGAUCUAAUUACUGCAAAUCAUUUUGGUUCAGAUCGAAUCAAAGACAGAAUUGGUGAAGUUAAUAGCAUGUGGGAACACUUAAAAGAGCUUCAGUCCCAGCGUAAACAAAGACUCUACGAUGCUGUGGAUUACCAUCAGUUCUUUGCUGAUGCUGACGAUGUUGACACAUGGAUGUUGGAUGCACUCAGAUUGGUUUCUAGUGAAGACGUUGGUCGUGAUGAAGCCAAUGUUCAAUCUCUGUUGAAGAAGCACAAAGAUGUUACUGAUGAGCUGAAAAACUAUGCUAAUACUAUUGACGCUCUUCAUUCUCAAGCUGCUGGUCUUGGAGAAAAGGACCGUGAAGCACCAGAAGUUUUGGAACGGUUAGCCAGCAUUGACAGACGCUAUAAAGAUCUCGUUGAACUGGCUAAACUUAGAAAACAGAGAUUGCUGGAUGCUUUGUCAUUAUACAAACUGUUCAAUGAAGCUGAUGGUGUUGAACAAUGGAUUGAAGAAAAGGAAAAAAUGAUUGAUAGCAUGGUAAUGAGUCGAGACAUGGAGGAUAUUGAGGUAAUGCGUCAUAGAUUCGAAGGAUUUGAGCAAGAAAUGAAUGCUAAUGCUACAAGAAUGGCUGUUGUGAAUCAAUUGGCUAAACAACUGCUGCAUGUUGAACAUCCCAACUCUGAAGAAAUUUUAGCUCGACAGAAUCAACUUAAUGAAAAAUGGUCUUCUCUUCGCGAUGUUGCUGAACAUAAGAAAGAAGAAAUCAACUCUGGGCAUGGAGUACAGACUUUCCAUAUUGAAUGUAAAGAGACAAUCACCUGGAUUGAAGAGAAAACAAAGCUGCUUCAGGCAACUGAAGAACUUGGAAAUGAUUUGACUGGCAUUAUGACCUUGCAGAGACGCCUUAGUGGAAUGGAGAGAGAUCUUGCUGCAAUUCAAGCUAAACUCGAUUCUUUGGAACAAGAAGCUGAGAAAAUCCAAGAUGAUCACCCUGAGGAAGCUGAAGCUAUCAGAGAACGAAUCACUCAAAUUAAGGCUGUUUGGGAGCAGUUAACUCAACUGCUUAAAGACAGAGAUGCUAAGCUUGAAGAGGCUGGUGACUUGCACUGCUUCUUGAGAGAUCUAGAUCACUUCCAAGCCUGGCUUACAAAGACUCAAACAGAUGUUGCCUCAGAAGACAUCCCAUCCAGCUUAUCAGAAGCAGAAAAACUCCUCAGUCAGCAUAAGCAAAUCAGGGAUGAAAUUGAUAAUUACACAGAUGAUUACAACAGUAUGGUAGAAUAUGGAGAGAAAGUUACUCAAGAUCAGACUGAUGCUCAAUAUAUGUUCUUACGAGAAAGAUUGAAAUCGUUACAAGAUGGAUGGACUGAAUUACACCAGAUGUGGGAGAACAGACAGCAGUUAUUGUCUCAAAGCCUGAAUCUACAGAUGUUUAUGCGGGAUGCUAAGCAGGCUGAAGUUAUUCUUAAUCAACAAGAACACUAUCUGUCCAAAGAUGAAACACCAACCAAUUUGGAACAAGCUGAAGAUUUGAUUAAGAGGCACGAAACAUAUUUGGCUACUAUGGAAGCGAACGAUGAAAAGAUAAAUGCAGUAGUUCUGUUUGCUCAACGAUUGUGUGAUGAAGGCAACUUUGAGGCUGAUAAGGUUCAUAAAAAAGCCGAAAAUAUCACAGAAAGGAGAAACGCUAAUCAUGCCCAUGCAGCUGAAAUGAUGGAGAAACUGAAAGAUCAACUGAUGCUUCAUCACUUCCUUCAAGAUUGUGAAGAACUGAAUGAAUGGAUUCAGGAAAAAUCAAUAAUUGCACAAGAUGAGACCUAUCGUAGUGCAAAAACCAUUCAUAGCAAAUGGAUGCGCCAUCAAGCAUUUGAAGCUGAAGUUGCAUCUAAUAAGAACAGAUUGUAUCAAGUGGAACAGGCUGGUAGAGAUCUAAUGGCUGAAAAACCUGAAUUGGCAACUUUAAUUGAGCCUCAGCUUCAAGAAAUUGCUAGGCAGUUUGAAGAUUUAGAAAAUACUACCUCAGAAAAGGGAGGAAAGCUGUUUGAUGCAAAUAGGCAAGUUUUGUAUGAACAGACUUGUGAUGAUAUUGAUGGAUGGAUCAGUGAAUUAGAAAAUCAACUGCUGUCUGCUGAGCCUGGUCAAGAUGUCAUCAGUCUUACAAGUGUUAAUCGCAUUCUACAAAAACAACAGACAAUCGAAACACAAAUGGCUGUUAAAGCACAACAAGUCACUGAACUCGGUAGUCAAGCUGAAUACCUAAAGAAAAUGGAUCCUCAAAAGGAGGAUGAAAUUGUUGUCAAGAAAUCUUAUGUGGAAGAAAGGUUUGAGAGAUUACAGCAACCAUUGCUGGAAAGAAAAGCUUUGCUUUUGAAGAAGAAAGAAGAUUAUCAGUUCAGGAGAGAUAUUGAGGAUGAAAAGUUAUGGAUUGAUGAGAAAAUGCCUUUAACCAAAUCCACUGAUUAUGGCAACAGUCUGUUCAGUGUUCAAAUGUUAAAAAAGAAAAAUCAAUCUUUAAGAACUGAGAUUGAAAACCAUGAGCCUAGAAUAAUGAACAUUUGUGAAAAUGGACAAAAAUUAAUCGGUGAAAGCCAUGAAGAUUCUGCAGAAUUCCAGAGGUUGAUUGAUGACUUGCUUGAUCGUUGGGCUAAUCUCAAGAAGAGUCUUGAUGACAGAGAAGAUCAAUUAUUAGAGUCAGCUAAAGCUCAGCAGUACUAUUUUGAUGCAAGCGAAGCAGAAGCAUGGAUGAGUGAACAGGAGUUAUAUAUGAUGGUAGAAGAUAGAGGAAAAGAUGAAAUCAGUACGCAAAACUUGGUGAAGAAGCACGAAAGCUUAGAAAAUGCUGUGGAAGAUUAUGCAGAAAUAGUAAGACAACUUGGAGAAACUGCAAAACAACUAGCCUCAGAGGGUCAUCCUGAGAGUGAUCAAAUAAUUGUGCGGCAAUCACAAGUUGAUAAAUUGUAUGCUGGCUUGAAGGAUUUGGCCUUAGAACGUCGAGCAAAACUUGAUGAGGGUUUGAAAUUAUUUUCACUGAACAGAGAGGUUGAUGACAUUAUGCAAUGGAUCUCAGAGCGAGAAAUGGUUGCUGGCUCACAUGAGCUUGGUCAAGAUUAUGAUCAUGUUGUGAUGCUGCAAGAGCGAUUCAAGGAGUUUGCUCGUGAAACUGAAGUAAUAGGAACUGAACGAGUUGCUGAAGUGAAUGAAAGUGCAGACCAGCUAAUUGCUAGUGGCCAUUCAGAUAGUGCACUAAUUGCAGAAUUUAAGGAUACUUUGAAUGAAGCUUGGGCAGACCUGCUGGAAUUAAUUGACACAAGGACGCAAAUGCUUGCUGCAUCUUGGAAACUACAUAGGUUCUUCCAUGAUUGCAAAGAUCUACUUGGCAGAAUAUUGGAAAAACAAAAUUCUAUGUCAGAUGAACUUGGUAAAGAUGGAGUCAGUGUCUCUAGCUUGCAGAGGAAGCAUGCAAAUUUCGAAAAUGAUCUUCAAACAUUAGGAACAGCGGUACAGCAAAUUCAAGAAGAAUCUGAAAACUUACAAAGUGCUUAUGCUGGUGACAAAGCCAAAGAAAUAACAAAUCGUGAAGGAGAAGUUGUAGGAGCAUGGCAGAGGCUUUUAUCAAUGUGCGAGGAAAGAAAACUGAAACUUGUUGAUACAAAUGAUUUGUUCAAAUUCUUAAACAUGGUUAGAGACUUAAUGUUAUGGAUGGAAGAUAUUGUGCGUCAAAUGAACACAUCUGAAAAACCCAGGGAUGUAUCCGGUGUUGAACUAUUGAUGAACAAUCAUCAGAGUUUGAAAGCAGAAAUUGAUGCACGAGAAGAUAAUAUUAGAGUCUGUGUUAAUUUGGGAAAAGAACUACUAGACAGAAAUCACUAUGCCUCUAACGAGAUAAAAGAAAAGCUGCUUUCGCUCACAAAUCAACAAACCUCGAUGAUGAACAGGUGGGAUGAAAGAUGGGAACAUCUUCAGCUCAUUCUUGAAGUAUAUCAAUUUGCUCGAGAUGCUGCUGUUGCAGAAGCUUGGCUUGUUGCACAAGAACCGUACCUGCUUAGCCAAGAGCUUGGGCACUCUAUUGAUGACGUAGAAACACUCAUCAAGAAACAUGAAGCAUUUGAAAAGUCAGCUGCUGCACAAGAGGAAAGAUUUGCUGCAUUAGAACGAAUGACUACGUUCGAACUAAAAGAACAUCGAAGAAAAGAAGAGGAAGAAGAAAUGCAGAGGCAAGCAGAACUAGCUAGACUUGCAGCUUUAGAACAACCUCCUCAAGAUGUUCCUACAGACAGAGUCGAUUCUGAACGAUCACCUGAAAGAGAAGCACUAUUAGCAGUCAAUGGAGAACAAGAAAGUUCACAAGAAGUGAUGAAAAGAGCAUCGCCUGCUAAGAAGGAAACUCCCAUUGUGAAAGCAAAGACAGCUGCAACAACAUCCCUAAGUGGAGCUCCCCAAGAGUCUCAGUCAGCACCAAGCACCCCUUCUCCUGAAAAGGACAAGAAAAAAAGGUCGCGGUCAAAAUCACCAUUUAGUAGUUGGCGAAAAAAGAAGUCACCAGUUGCUGAUGAUUAUGAAGGAGGCUUUUUUGAGAAAGGUAGUCCAACAGCUACCUCCCCUGAUGAGGAGGUUCAAUGUGAAGGCUUGUUAGGACGAAAGCAUGAAUGGGAGUCUACAACUAAGAAGGCAUCAAGUCGAUCUUGGGAUAAAGUAUAUAUUGUUCUUCAGGGCAAUAAAUUAUUUGCCUACAAAGAUCAAAGACAUUACAAACAGGAACCUGAAAACUAUUAUCGUAAUGAAGUCCCUAAUGAACUGAGGGGCGCUAAAGCACAAAUUGCAUCCGACUACACCAAAAAGAAGCAUGUAUUCCGCUUUACGUUAUCUAAUGGAGCCGAUUAUUUAUUUCAAGCUAAAGAUGAUGAUGAAAUGAAUUUAUGGCUACAGAAGUUGCAAGCUGCUAUCACUUCUGCGGAGAGGAUCGAGGGCUCUGCUGGACCCUCUCGUUCACAAACCCUGCCUGCCGGAGAAAGAAAAGAUGAACAUAAAAAACGAGGCUUUUUCACGCUGAAAAAGAAAUAAAUUUCCCUGACCAUGAACUUUCUUAAGGCGUCAUCUAACCCCUACAAUCGUUGGAGAAAAUACACCAAUCAGCUUACUGUACCGACAUCUUCCACAAGAACUGCAUCAGUGCAGGAAAAAAAGCUCUCUCAUCUGCAAUCAUUCCUUCUUUCUAGGCGGUCCAAUUUUUUCUCUCUGCUGGUUUACAAAAAACUGUACAAGUAGCAUGGAGAAGAGUGUUGUUGACUCUUAAAAUAUUCCUUUUUUUUUCCUGCUUCUAAGCAACAGAUCUCACUUCGUGUAUGAUAGUGUUCCGAAUCGUAACUUGACUGUCAUUCCAAUUGCUUAUUGCAUUUAAUCUGUUUCACCUCAUGUUUGUUGUUAAAUCAUUAAAUCAUUGGAGGUUUAGUUGUCUGCACUGUGGUAUCCUCAGUACGAAAGUGCUGUUGUAAGUGUAAAUAAUUGCAAUCGGGGGAAAAGAUGUGGAAUUUUUUUUCUUGGAAUAGUUUACACUCUGAAAUCUGUAAUGACACUGGAUCAUUAAGUUAAGAAAAAUUUAUGAAUAGUUAGUGAUUUUGUAGUUUAUUCCUUUAAUUGUUAUUUCUAGUUGAAUUUAAACUCGGUGUCCUUGUCAGAAUUUCUUUGAAAAGAGUUUUAUCCCUCUAUAUUCUUUUCUUUUUUCUCAUUAAAGUUUGAACGAGUAAAGAAUGUAAAGUCUGACUAGAAAAUUAUAUUUUCGUUUUAUCGCUAUGUUCCUUAGUGUAAUUUUUGUUGCACUGACCUUUUAAAAAUUGUGUGUUUGUCCAUUUCAUUUUGCUAUGAUCUUUGUAUAUUUUGAAUUACUGCCUUUUAAAUGGAUAUUAAGCUUUAAAGUUUAUUUAAAACUAUAUUAAAAUAGGAUUAUCUUAAAUGCUUCUGGCAGCUUACAGUAUUUUAUUGUAUACAUACUUUAAGAAAAUAAAAAUUAAAUGCAUUAUACAACUUGA